ACAGUGUUUCAAUGGGACGUGGAUAGUAACCGCACGAGAAGAAGACUCCAGUGUUGGACACUUCCGUGUACAGGGUUGGUUGGUUUCAUAAUGUGACUCCAAGGAGGUUCUGAAGAUGCUGAGCGCCGGCUGACAGCCUUCACUGCAGUUCUCAGCUAACUAACAUUUCAACCAAAGGAGGAAGGAAUGCUGCCUUUAGUUGGAGCUGAGUUGACACCAGUGCAGCUCUAUCGACAUCUCCUCAGGUGCUGCAGGCAGUUACCCACCACAGCUAUACAGCAGCAUUAUCGACAUGCCAUAAGACAGGGUUACACCAGUCACUCAGAUGAAGAUGACAAAGAGAGGAUACAAGUGAUGAUCCAAAGAGCUGUUGCAGAUGCAGCCUGGAUUCUUGAUAAAUAUUCCAAGAAGAAGUGAAGCUCGUACACCAUGAAUAUGUCCUGGGGUGUUGCACCUGACACGAGUCGUAGAGGCGAAUGUUCUGUUUCUGAGUCUCGAGUGCUUGUUGUGUUGUAUUGUGGGUGAACAGCAUGAUGUGUAAGGAAGACCUCACACAUCAUGCUGUUAGGACUGUACUAUAUGAAAUGACAAUAAUAUUCACUAUCUAUAAAAAGUGUAAAUACUGUUAGAUUGACAUGAGUUGACUAUAUAAUGUAUUUAUUUUUCAAUAAAUACAUCCUCAAUUUGUA